UCCAACUAUUUUCUCAAUGUUAUUUUGUAAGGUCUUAUCAGGAUGUACAAGAUAAGUAUGUGGAUGAUGAACAAUUGAAAACAAGGAUUGAUGAAGCCAAGAAAGCUGCGUUGCAAACAUACGAAAAAUGUAAAAUUGCACCAGAAAAAGAGUUUGUACAAAACAAAGAGAUACUCCAACACGAUUUAGAUGUUUAUGUGGAGGAAAUUAAUGAAACUAACAACAAACAUAAAGGGAAGAUUAAUGAGAAACUCAAUGUAUUCUAUCACAAGUUAACAGCUGACUACCUUACCAAGAUGAACGAGAUUACUUCAAAUCGGUAUGUGAAGAUAGAAAACUUAAAGAAAGUGCACGAUAAAUUUGAAAACAUGGUCUCUGAAGAGAUGGUAAAAGCAAUUCCAUACAAAACCAUUGCAACAACUGCUAUUAAGAGAUGCCAUGAUGGGAUAGAAAAUAAAUGGAAACUUAUAGCAGGAGAAAACACUGUCUCUAAAAUCCUGAGAUCGAAUGCAGCUAAUGCAGGUGCUACAGCUGUAGCAGUAGGUACUGCUUUAAUUGGAGUUGUUGGUGGUACUGUUUUUGGUGUUAGUGGUACUCUAAUUGGUACAGUGAUUGGUAUGGUUAAGGCAGCAUUGCCAUUUCACUAUAACCUGUCUCUUAAUGAUAUUCCUGCACUUAAAUACUUAAGGUCUCUUAAACUUUAAGGAAAAAAGUUAGAUUAUCUGACUGUAUAUGAGUUUCUUUAAUUCAUGUUGAACUCUUGCAAUCCAGAACAACAAUAUAAUACUAAUGCUUUAUUGAUAACUGUAUAAUUUUUAAAAAUUCAUACUACUACAAUGAUGCAGUAUAGCAUUCAUGACCAGUAACUAUUUGUGUAUACUUAAAAUUCCUCUUGAUAAUGCUUAAGUAGUUUGUUACCAUCUUGUUUAUUCAACUGUCACAUCAAUAAAGUAGCAAAUAAUUUAAUAUGUGGAGUUAUUAAUCUUAAGUUAUAGUAUGUCCUGUUGUAAAUGAAAACAAAAUCGGAGCACUGCGUUUACCGUUUAAAGCUUUGCUGUAGUCAAAAAUCUCAGAGUGUGAGAUCUCUGUUUUAACGAAAAAUAAUACCGGCUCAGUGGUAGAGCACUGGUCCUUCAAAUCCGUCACUAUUUCACGACUGUAUAAGGUUAUUUUUAUACACAAGAAUUGUUUUUAUUAAACUUAUACUCAAAUACAAUAUGAUGGUCGAUGUUGUAUAAAUUGUCCUUUGCAUAAAGUGUCAAGCCGACAGAACUGGCAUAACUGGUAACGUAUAGGGCGAAUGAUAAUUGGGACGGACAGCUAAUUUUGCGACAAAGAAAACGAUUAAAAAUGCAACAAUGUUAAAACAUUUUUUCCAAUGCUGUGCCUAAAUGUAAUGGACAAUAUCAUUACAGUGGGAUCGGAUCAGGUAUGAUUCCCCAUUUCUCAAUAAAGUGUAACUGAUACUUCUUCAUUUCGUAAUCUGUUAUUACUGUGCCUUUGAAAAGCACGAAUUCACCAAUCGCUCCUCGGAAGUUAUGGUCGCCGUUUGGACCUAUGUUACCCAUUGCAAACCCUGUAUCUGAUGGACUUAAUUCUGCUUGAAAUCUUUGAAGUAACUUUCCAUUGCACCAUACACUACUAGCAUCGACACCGCCAUUUAAGUUCCAUUGGACACUGAUAACGUUCCAGAUAUUAAACGCUAUUGGGUUUGCGUUAGUGGGGAAAGAAGAGAUUGCGAUAUUUAUAUUGACAGUGCCUGCAACGUAUAGCUUGUCGCUUGUCAGUAAAAUUAACUUGUCCCAAUCAUUGUCAUCUGCUCCGAACAGCCCAUUAGAUGUAGGCGAAUUACUUAUUAAAAUAUCGCGUCGGUAAACUAUAAACACAGUAACCAGGUCGUUUUCUCCAUCUUUAGGAUUCAGAUCCAGGCUGGUAAUCAGAUUGUUGAAGUUUUUAUCAAACACCAAAAACCUGUGACCAUUUUGUUUUUCUUGUGACAGACGUGGUUGAAAUAGUGAGUUGUUUUGUAAUGCUGGCAACGGGGAUAAACCUUCACCAUAAACCGCUGAUACAUUUGAUGUUCCUGAAAUUUUUACAUCUGUGUCGUAGUCCACACGGUAUUGCACUGUUGCGGUUGAUGUUAUGUAAUCUGAAAAGUAUCAUGUGAUAAUCGUUGCCUCGCAUGAAGUGAAAUGUGAAUAAUUUAUUUUGUAUGGCAGGUUACACACCGGAUAUAAUAAAGCACUGGAAAAUGCUUGUGUUA